UUUUAGUCCGUAGUAAAGGAACCAGUGUUCAUUGAGAGUUCAGUCAUGUCUGGACAGAAGGGCGUUUGCCUGCUGCUGCAAUGUGGCUGUGCCUGCCUCUGGCUGUCCAGUUUGGCUUCAGGAGCUCUGGUUAUCUUCAAGGACGAUGAAGCUCCACAGGAGAACAGAAGAGCUGCCAGAUCUCUGCAGCCUCAGGUGGAGGUGCACAGUGUAAUAGUGGAGUGCACUGUGACGUCUCGCUUCGCCCACACUGUUAUGACCUCGGCGGCUUUAAAUGAAGCAAACUCAUCCAAGGAAAUCUUUUUCGAAGUGGAUUUACCCAAAUCUGCUUUCAUUACAAACUUCAGCAUGGAAAUUGAAGGUAAGGUGUAUGUUGGAGUGGUUAAGGAGAAAGAGAAAGCUAAGAAACAGUACGAGAAGGCUGUAUCCUCUGGACAGACAGCUGGACUGGUCAAGAUUUCUGGAAGAAAGAUGGAGAAAUUUUCAGUGUCUGUCAAUAUUGCAGCAGAAAGUAACGUGACUUUUAUUUUGACCUAUGAGGAGCUCCUUCAAAGGAAAUUUGGCCAAUAUGAGAUUUUGACCAGAGUUAAACCCAAAUCCUUGGUCCAACAGUUCCAGAUUGUGACAAACAUCUAUGAGCCGCAGGGCCUUUCUUAUGUUGAUGCCCAUGCAACCUUCCUCUCCAAUGAGCUGCUCCCCCUGGUGGAGAAAACAGUCACUGACAAAAAGGCACACAUCAGUUUCUCACCAACGAUGGAACAGCAGAGGAAAUGCCCAGGUUGUGAUGGAACUCUCAUUGAUGGAGAUUUUGUCAUUAAGUAUGAUGUGAAGCGAGAGACGAGCAUCGGGGAGAUUCAGAUUGCGAAUGGAUACUUUGUGCACUUCUUUUCUCCACCUGGCCUGCACCGAGUCCCCAAAAAUGUGGUGUUUGUUAUUGACCGGAGUGGAUCAAUGAGUGGUAGAAAGAUACAGCAGACACGAGAGGCAUUGCUGGUCAUUCUUGAGGACCUCUAUGAAGACGACUACUUUGCUCUGAUCCAGUUUGAUCACACCAUCGAUCAUUGGAAGGAUUCAUUGACCAAAGCAACUAAGGAAAAUGUGACUCAAGCCAUGAACUAUGUCAGAAAUAUUAGAGAUCUUGGAGGUACCGAUAUAAAUGAUGCCGUGUUGAGAGGUGUGAACAUGCUGACCAAAGACAGACAAGAGAAAAGGCUACUGGAGAGAAGCACUGAUAUGAUUAUUUUGCUGACUGAUGGAAGGCCAGCAAGUGGUAUUACUGACAUCCCAACAAUCCAGAGGAAUGUGCAGUCUGCAGCAGGAGGAAAUAUGUCUCUUUUCUGUCUUGGGUUUGGAAAUGAUGUGGACUAUAAUUUCCUGGAUGUGAUGAGCAAACAAAACAAGGGACUGACUCGCAGAAUCUUUGAAGCUUCAGAUGCAGCACUUCAGCUUCAGGGUUUCUAUGAGGAAGUGUCCAGCCCACUGCUCUUAGAGGUGGACAUGCAGUAUCCUGACAAUGCAGUGGACUUCGUGACCACCAGUCACUUCAGUCAGUUGUUCAAUGGCUCUGAAAUUGUGGUGGCUGGUCAGCUGAUGGACAAUAACCUGGACAACUUCAUAGUGGAAGUGUUUGGCCAGGGGUUUGAAGAUGACUUCAAGGUGCAGGGCCAGGCUAGUGUUGUGGACUGGGAUGUGAUGUACCCAGAUGAGAAGUACAUCUUUGGAGAUUUUACUGAGCGUCUGUGGGCCUACCUCACCAUACAGCAGCUGCUGGAUAAAAGCAAGACUGGUGAGCCACAUGAGAAAGCAAAUGCAACAGCAAAGGCUCUGGAAAUGUCUUUGCAGUACAACUUUGUCACCCCUCUCACCUCCAUGGUGGUCACCAAGCCUGAAACCGAGGGCGAACAAGACGAGCCUCUCAUUGCUGACAAAAUGACUGAGGAGCAAAGACAGCAAGCAGAAAAACAAGCUGCAUAUCAAUAUGUAAGACCUGCAUCAUACCAGGUACCAGCUCCCACAUAUUUUGUGGAUGGAGAUCCUCAUUUCAUGAUAGAGCUCCCUGACAGAAAUGAUGCUCUGUGCUUCAACAUUAACGAUCUUCCAGGAACCAUUUUCAGUCUGGUCAGAGACCCAGAUUCAGGCAUUUUGGUCAACGGCCAGAUCAUCGGAGACAAGAAGAUUCACCCUGAUGGGAAAAUCAACACCUACUUUGGGCGUUUUGGCAUCAUCCACCAGACACUGGGGGUCAGGCUGGAAGUGAGCACUAAGAGUAUUUCACUGUUCCAGGAUGGUAAACAGAUCAAGCUGCUGUGGUCUGAUAUGGCUGCUCUUACAGGACCCAAUGUGGAUCUUGUUGUGACCAAAGAUCACAGUCUAACAGUAACUCUGAAGGACUCUGUUAAAUUUGUGAUCUUGCUACACAAAGUGUGGGAGAAGCACCCGUAUCACCAGGAUUACCUGGGUUUCUACACCCUGGACAGUUACCUCCUGUCCUCUUCUGUCCAUGGCUUGCUAGGUCAGUUCUAUCAUGGGAUUGAAUAUGAGGUGACAGACCUGCGUCCAGGAGAAGUCCCAGAGAAGCCAGACGCCACCAUGUAUGUGAAAGGACAGGAGCUUAACGUAACCAGAGGCUGGCAGAGAGACUUCAGGACAGAUGUGAAAAAUGGAAUAAAUGUUCCCUGCUGGUUCAUUCACAGUAAUGGAUCAGGCCUCAUUGAUGGAGAUGCGACAGACUACAUCGUGUCAGGCCUUUUUGAAACUGUUUAAAACAGUUCAUGUCUACCACUGAAAUAUUCUAAAUGAAAUCCAUAAAAUGAAUGAGCACAUCUUCCUGUAAUUAAUUCAUAAAUACUCUCAGAAAGUAGACAAAGGAGUCACUUCCGGCAUCCUGAGAAACAGUGAGAUGUACUAAGAGAUAUUUUCUGUGUAUUCUCAUGUGUCUUGCAGCAUAUGCAGCUUUUGUUAAAUGUUUUAUUUGGUCUGUUUAAUUUGUGCAUGGUCAUUUAAAGGGACACAGCUUGAUACUUUCAUGCUUAAUUAGUUAACAAAAAUCCCAAACCGUUUCCAAACAGUGAUGAAAAAGUUUGUAAAGGUCUUAAAGUCUGCUGUAGGACUCCUAUUCCACAUCAUCCUGAAAUAAAGUUAAUUAGGCUAUAACAGACUGUCAGCCUUGUUCAGUUUGCAGAAUAAAAAGAGAUUAUAUGAGGAAACAAA